CCAACAUCGCCACAAAUCAAACUCGGCCAACACCAGUUUGCCCGAGAGAGAGGAGAGAGAGCGAGAGGAAGAUGAGAAGCAGCGAGGUGUCCGCGGGCAGAGAGCCACUCCAUCACUGAUGAAGAGGGUUCAGUAGAGGACAGAUCCAAAACGUCAAUGCGAAGAGGAGGCUUUUGAUACGCCUUUGAACCGGACUGCAUGGGAGAUGAGCGACAGACUGGUUCGGAGUCUCCUUCUCGACCGGUCAUCCUGGCAGCCAGUGGGCUCCGGGGGCGCACGUGUUUUCGGUCGCCCGGUUCAGCCGUGGCUUGAAUAAAAGUGUAUCUUUUGUGUGCGUGUGCUCUUCGCCAUGAGAGUUCUGACAUCCAACUUGUUCGGGCUGCUCUUCCUUGGGGCAUUCGCCGGUGUUUUCUACGUGUGGAGUUCGCUGGAGGACCGCUUGGAGCGACACAAACGGCGCUUUACGGUGCCUGGACGUGGGUCGUUCUCGCCAAAAGUCCCUGUGGACCUUUCAGCUAAAACUUUCCGGACUCUGCUUGCAGUCCCAGCGGUACACAGAACGCAAGUAAAGGUUCACAACGCGAGUGGGAACCCUGCGGGAAACCGCCAUGACCACGUGAAUAGGAACACGUCGACUGCUAAUGGGCGAUCGGUCAAGUUGGACUCCCCCGUGGAGGAUGGUAUAUUUUGGAGCGCCUGGCUGGAGGAUCUCCUCCCGAUGGGUUUCACGGAGGACUACGCCCGGGCUUGGCGAGACAGGGCGCGGGCAGCGCGGGUCGUGAAGCUGGAGGCGGGAUGCGGCAGGGUAUCCAAUCAGAUGGCCACUUUCGCGGAUGGCUCCAAAGCUUGUGUGCGCUACGGGAUCAACGCGGAUCAGGUGCAAGGUGAAACUCUGACCUAUUACCUCGCUUGUUUGCUGGGCCUGACCAACGUGCCCCCUCUGGUACUGUCCCAACUGAGCACCGACAGCGAACAAUGGGCGGCGGUGAGGACGCGCGUUGCCGGAUUACAAUGGAGCGACCACGCCGUGGUUUCUCUCACUGAGUGGGUCUCCAACCUGAGCGGGGUCGUGACACCCGCUCCGCUGCGACAGGAGAGCAGCGGGCUGCACCCUGAGCUCCGGAACAAGAGCACGGCGGAGCUCUUGGAGCUCAUGCAGUGGAGUGACCUGAUCAUCUUCGAUUACAUGUCGGCCAACUUUGACCGGCUGGUGAGCAAUCUGUUCAGCCUGCAGUGGGACGCGCGCGUCAUGGAGAGGGACACCAACAAUCUCCUGAAAACGCCCCGCGGGGAUCUGGUCUUUAUCGACAACGAGGCCGGGCUGGUGCACGGCUUCCGGGUGUUGAGCAUGUGGGAGCGAUAUCACCAGACGGUACUGGGCUCCGUGUGCGUGUUCAGGAAGAGGACCGCGCAGCGCGUGGCUGAGCUCCACCAGAGCAGAGAUUCCAGCAAAAGGCUCCUGGAGCUCUACAGAGACAACGAGCCUUUGGCUGCCGAACUGGGCUUUCUCUCCGACGAGCACGCCGCUGUCCUCCAGGAAAGGAUAGACAGAGUAUACAAACACAUUUCAUACUGCAAAGAGAACUACGGCCAACUAUGAGCAUCCAAGAUGGGCAAUAGGGCGAACUACCUCUAAUAUCGAUAAAAUGUGACGACGCAUACUUGAUGAACUAUUUGUGCCAAUAUAAUCACUGCUGAUUUGCUUCCCUCUAUAAAUCUCGCUUCGUACGCUCCACUUGUUUAGGAUCACAUGUAAAAACUAAUAGUGACUGCGUGGGGUAACAUAUUGCCUCAUGCUCGAUGCGUUUUUGGAUUAUUGUCAUAUGGUCUAUAAUCGAGAGAAAAUAAACUCCAAAGCCUUACUGUUUAGCAUUCAAUAUUUAAUACUUUAUUUCUGGUAACAUCCAGUCCCUUUUAUGGAAAAUGUUUUUGCACAGUCGCUUGUCACAUAGAGUCAGCUUUAAUUUUUAGUCAGCCUUAAAAGUGUAACAUUUCCAUUGUACAUGUUGUAAAUUAUUGUUCACCAACUUCUUUUGGCAUUUCCACUAAUUUAAUGUGCAUUGUAACAUUCCAAAAUACCUUGUUCCUUCCCCACUUUUUAAAUAUACAGUAAUUUAUGUUUAAAACACUGUGUGCUGUUUAGCCCUUAUUAUGGUGCGUCAAACUUUUCGCAGCACGCGCAAGCCGUUGUGCUGAUCAUUACAGUGCUUUCAUUGUGUUGUAUAAAUGCGUGGUACUUGCAUGAAUGUUCCCUCUGAGCCAUCCUGUCAGCCAAAGGCACGCUACAACGGAAAAAUGCUAAUCCUUUAUAAUCUUACUAGGAAUUAUGAAGGAGGAGACAAGUGACAUCAUUUGAUGCAUUUUCAAAAGGCUUCGCUCUUUCUGAGCUAAAUUGAAAUUAGUUCUCAUCUCCGUUUUGCAUCUGAAUCAAGGACUUCAUUAAUUAGGUUCCUCUGUCUGUUCAGUUAAAGAGUAAAAAACACCUCCCCUUGUGGGAGAAUACGCUGCUGAGAGGCUAAUUAAUUCUAGCUUUUUCUCUCGGAGGAGGGCUUUGUUUACCGUUUUUAAAAGGUUAAAUUUGAACUGUGAAGCGUAUUCAAAGUACCUGAGUGCCUAAAGGUCACUAUUAUUUCUUCAGGUUUUCAUUACAACAACACAAAAUGUUUCUUUCUUUGACUAUCUUAAAAAUGCCCAUUCUUUAUUAGCUUCAGAACAGAUUGGACUUCUCUGAUCUUCAGAGGGAAAACCAGUGAUAUACUGAAUGAAGUCAUAUUUUAAGCCUCUUGCUAUUCUGCAGCUGGUUUGUUUACCACUACUGAAUGUUCAGCCAACUCUAGGCAGGCUUCAUCAGCAUUUUUGCAGCUCUGUGUUGGGGUAUGGGGUAUUGGGGUUCGAACAGUGACUUAGCCGCAUUUCUAUGCUUAGGGUACAUCCAUCCAUUUUCUUUGCCGCUUAUCCUCACGAUCGUCGCCUAUUCCAGCUGUCAACGGGCAGAAGGCGGGGUCCACACUGAACUGGCUGCCAGCCAAUUGCAGGACACAUUGAGUCAAACAGGCACACUCACGAUCACACCUUGGAGCACUUUAGAGUGUCCAAUUAAUCUUGCAUGUUUUUGGGAUGUGGGAGGAAACCACAGUGCCCGGAGAAAACCCACGCAGGCACAGGGAGAACAUGCAAACUCGACACAGGCGGGGGCGGGAUUGAACCCGGUUCCUCAGAACUGUGAGGCCAACGCUUUACCAUCUUAUCCACUGUGCCACCCCUCGGGUACAUGUAAGUGAUAUUUGAUUUUGUCUGGAGGGUCACAAUGGUACCAACGCAGUACAUAGGGUUAAGCAGGUAUACAAUCCUUGCCCCCACCCCCAGAGUAACCACCUGCUACAGCUGCUUAGUAGAUCAAUAUGUGCAAUAACAGUUGAGAAAGGAGAAAUUGGUAAUGGGUUGGGUGCUGGUUCUACAGUUAAUCUGCCGAUGUGAGUUUCAAUGGAAGGUGUACGUGCAGCUGGGCACCUUCUAAGCAUGCCUGUUCAUGCUGAACCCUCCAAAGAGAUUUAUGAUGAGUUGCAGACACCAGAGAUUCAACACAAUCUUUAACUCUGGUCUGCAUGUGUAAACCAGACUCAAGAACCUCCUUUUCUGCCUUUUACAAUUUGCCAUGUCUUGCACUUCUAGCGACGUGUCUGUUUCCACUGUUCACAUCAGUGUCUACUUAAUUUGUCAAAUAAAUGAACAUGGGAUUUUUGUUGUUACUUUAUAAAAAAGAUCCUCACUUUAUGAAUCAAAUCCAGCAUG